CCUAAAAUGUUUGAUAUUCCUUGGAAAAACGUUGGAGAAUACAUCUAUGGGUACCCACGGAACAUCCGCAUCCAGAGAGAGAAGCAAAAUGCCAAAGUCCAGCGCAUCAGGGAUCAAAUUGAAAGACUUGGCAAAUCAGAUAUUAUCGAUGAAGCUCCAUCUUUUGACUCAAACCAGGAAAGGAGGAGGAAGAAGAUGAGUGAGGAUUUUGAGAAAGCUCCAUUUGCCAAUCUCAAGCUUAAAAGCAAUCCUACUACAAUGAAAAAGCUCCUAGCAGAGAAAAUGAAGUGCCUUAAAAAUGAAGCUAAAGGGCUCUUGAGGCUCUCAGAUUGGUCUGAUAUAUACACUAACCAAUUCUCUACAGCAACGAUUUCUGAUCAACGAGGAAGAGGUAAUUCAAAGAAAACUGUAACUUCAAAUGUCUCAAAAUCCCUAAAAUCGUCACCAUCAAAGUUUAGUAAGAAAAUAUCAUUCACAGACCAGAGUGUCCAUAUUAGAUCCAGAGCUCCCUCUAGUGAUUUGGUUAAACAGUCUCUAAACUUUGAUGAAAAAAGUCCACUCAAAACUAAUAGAAGUAUUUCCUUACUGAAGAUGUUCAACACCAGCAUCAGAAAUAUCAAGAGAAAGAACAAGAAUACCUUCAAUAUGUCUAGCACUCAUGAUCUUGCACAAAGAGAGAAACUGCUAGAGUACUCUAAGCUGAGAAAACUAGUCGAAGUUAUGGUAUCGAAACGUGUUUUUGCUCUGAAAGAAGCAAAGAAGACCUUCAAAUCUCUCCCAAAAUCAAAUAAAAGUACAGAAAAUUUAUUAGGAGUCCGAGCAGAGUUGAAUUGUCUUGAAACAGUUCUGGAACACAUCCGCAAUAAGUCACUCCAUCUCAUAAACUUCCAAGAACUUGAAAUAUACAAGAAUUUAGAGAGCGAAGAAAUUCAUGAAUCUCUAAUAAAACUCUACAAAUUUAAUAAAAAGCACAUUCUUCACCCAAUGCCAAAGCCAUUGGGCUCAAUAAACGACCUGAUUAACGAAAACAAUUCUACUAAACCAAGCGAUAUAACUUUGAAAUUGAUUCUCAAGAGCAAGAUCCUCCCUCAGCUCUUUAGCGAUGCUAGACUCAAAGCAUGCCAAGGACUCGAGAUGCGGACUAAUAACAUCCUUUACUAACCCAUCUGCACUGAAUUCUAAAUCCUAAAAUUCCAAGACUACUUCUGAAGUAGGAGAAAGUGGAAUAAAAGUUUUGGUUCGAGUAUCGAAGCCUUACGAAAGGACUUGUAAAGUUUGGAAUAAUAUUCCCCCAUAAAUUGCCCAAAACCAAGUAUAACUUUCCUUUUCUCUCAAUAUAC